AUGUCGCUUAACCCAGAUCUGUCUGUAUACAGUCUGACGAUCCGGCCAUCCGUGACGGGAGUCAAGUGCUGUAUAGGGAAUUUUACGGGAAACAAGAAACAGCAGGAGGUUGUGAGAGCGACGGCGACAAGCAUAGAGCUAUGGAAACUUAAUAGAAACAACGGAGACUUCUACAAAGUCGUUUCUCAGAAUACUUUCAGUCAUCUUCGGACAAUCGAAUGUUUGCGGAGCAGUGGUUCGGAGAAAGACCUGUUGAUUGUGACUUCAGAUAGCGGAAAUCUGACGGUAUUGGAAAUGAACAAUGCCAAGGGACGGUUCGAGAGCGUAUCUAACGAGCCGUAUUUCAAGACGGGGCUUCGAAGAAUCUCGCCGGGAGAAUAUAUUGCUGUUGAUGGCCUUAGUCGGGCGGCAAUGGUUGCGGCCAUUGAGAAAAACAAGUUCGUAUACAAAUUCACUGCUGAUCACAAACACAAUCUACAAGUUUCUUCUCCGUUGGAAGCCAACAAAUCCAAAGUUAUAACUUUCGCCACUUGUGGGUUGGAUGUUGGAUUUGAGAAUCCGCAGUUUGCCUCUUUGGAGUGCGAUUACUCCGACUUGGAGGACUCGAACAAAAAGCUAUUCAAAACUCUGUGUUAUUAUGAGCUUGACAUUGGUCUCAACCACGUGGUGAAAAGAUACAGCGAGGACGUGAGUUUCUCAUCUAAUUUAUUGAUUGCAUUGCCUGGUGGUGGCCAGGGACCUUCUGGGGUUUUGCUAUGUUCAGAGGGUAUUAUCCAGUAUAAGUGUUUGUCGAAAAUGACACACACGAUUCCGAUUCCUCGACGGAAUGGCCAGAAGAAACACAGUCGGGCAAUUUGUGGAGUUGUUCACAAGCUGAAAAAUACCUUUUUUGUUCUGAUACAAACAGAGCUUGGUGACUUGUUCAAGGUGACGCUUGACUAUAUUGUUCAAGAUAGCGACGAGUCUCGUGGAGAGGCAGGGUUGGUGAACUCUGUGGAGAUCCAGUAUUUUGACACGAUGCCGAUUUGCAGCUCGUUGCUGAUUUUCAGAGCAGGAUUCCUAUACGCCAACUGCGAGUCUGGCGAUCAAUAUUUGUACCAAUUUGAGAAGCUGGGCGACGAGAACGCCAGGAAGUUUAAUUCGCAAGAUUAUCCCGACGAGAUUGCAGUUUUGAGCGAUGAAAACACAGAGAUCGAGACCAGACCGUUUGAGAACCUGAAUCUCGUCAAUAUUGUCGAAAACAUCAACCCCAUGGUGGACGCGAGACUGCAUAAUUCUAAUGAAACCACCAGUCUUCCAGUCAUCUAUUCUCUUUGUGGCACCGGACCGCGGUCUGCUUUAAAAGUGUUGAACCACGAGUUGCCGUUCAGUGAGCUGGUUGCACAAGAACUGCCGUCUACGGUGAAAAAAGUAUUUGCAUGCAAAUUGAGCAGAGACGACGAAUACGACAAAUACAUCGUUCUUUCCUUUGUUGAUGGGACGUUGGUUCUUCGAAUUGGAGAGGAGGUCGAGGAGGUGGAGAACUCGGGUCUGAACCUGGGCUCUAAUACACUCGGCGUGUUCCAGAUCGGGAACAACUCGUUGGUGCAAGUCCAUCCAACUGGAGUCAGACAGAUCUUCUACCAGGACGAUUCCCCGCAGAAGACAACAGACUGGGCUCCUCCACCGGGUAUCCGCAUUUUGCAUUGUACAGGAACAAACUCGCAACUCGCCGUGGCACUGUCGAACCGCGAGGUUGUCUAUUUCGAGCUGGAUGAGCUUGACAGACUUAUCGAGUACAACGAGCACAAGGAGUUUGGGUCGCAGAUCACAUCUAUCGCCUUGGGAGAACUCCAGUCCGGAGAAGCAAGGUUCCCAUAUCUGCUAAUUGGGUGUCAGGACAAGUCGCUGACUGUUCUGUCCACUGACUUUGAGUCUACACUUGCGACCAUCAGCGAAGAAGUUCUGAGUUCGGCCGCUUCUUCUUUGAUGGUUUGCUACAUGCGCGACACAGCAGUUGUUCUGAGCAAAGAUGCGGACGACGACGACGAGGAGUCUGAGCUGGCCACUUCCGUGCUAUACGUGCACAUUGGAAUGGAGAGUGGAGUCUACGCUCGGUUGCAAAUGGAUCUCCGGUCUGGUGAUCUCUCAAACCCAAGAAACAAGUACACCGGUCCCCGUGGAGUGCAGCUGUCCAAGCUGGAAGUGACAGGACAGAACGCUGUUUGUAUCUUGUCGUCGCGAACCUAUCUGGGAUACUCUCGGCCGUCCGAGUUUAAAAUCACUCCUCUGACCAAACCGGUUUUCGAAGACGUUUGUUCGCUGAAGAGUCAGGAUAUCCCAGAAAACGGUGUUUUGGCCGUUUACGGGAACAACCUGGUCAUCUUGACCAUUGAUCAGCUGGAGAACGACACACUGAUAGAGAAUAUCGGUCUGCGGUACACCCCAAGACAUCUUUGUGACUGCACCGACAAGAACGGGAUCAUGUACAUUUUGGAGAACGAUAUGGACACCAAGGGCCAUAUUGACGAAGACAAGUCUGAGGAGUACCAGCAGUUUGGCUACGACAGGGUCGAGGGCCAAUGGGCAAGCUGUAUCCAAGCUAUUUCGGUGGCAGAGAAAAGAGUUUUGCAAACGGUGGAGAUGGCCAACGAAACGGUGUUGCGCGCGUGUUGGGUCAACUUUGACAGUAAGGAGGGCCAACCUUUCCUUGCUGUUUCGUCUGCACAGGGUUUGAAGCUGCCUUCGCGGAACAACAACGGCGCGUUCAUCAGUCUGUACAAGAUUGCCUCGAACGGAUCGUUGGAGCUGUUCCAGAGGACGAAAACAGACCACAUUGUUUGUGCGCUGACUCCGUUUCAGGGAAGACUGCUUGCUGGAUGCGAGAACGAGCUGAUCCUGUACGACGUUGGACUCAAACAGCUGGUCAAACGGUCGAGCACAAGACUCGACUGUUUCCAGAUCGUCGACCUGAAAACACAGGGAUUCCGCGUGGUGGUGGCCGACGUGCGCGAUAGCGUGCGGUUUGCCGUGUUCAAACCGCUGGAAAACGUUUUUGUGGACUUUAUCGACGACUCGAUUCAGCGGCACGUGACCAGGAUGUUGCAACUGGACUACGACACGGUGGUUGUUGGCGACAAGUUCGGCAACAUUUCGAUUCUGCGGUGUCCCGAGCAGGUUUCUGAGAUGAGCGACGAGGACAAUCACGGGUUUUUGGUCAAGAUGCGGCGCACCAAGCUGGAAAACCCGGUCAACUUCUAUGUUGGAGACAUGCCAACGUUCUUCCAGAAAGGAACUCUCACCAUUGGCGGGUCCGAGUCGAUCAUCUACGGGUGUCUACAGGGUCAGAUUGGCUGUCUACAUCCGUUGACCAGCGUUUCGGAGAUCAAUUUCUUCAAAGAACUGCAAAAACAGAUGAUCAGAGAGUUCUGCUCUCUUACAGAGCGAGAUUAUAUGAAAUUCAGGGGCUACUACAACCCACCGAAAAACUGCAUCGACGGCGACCUGAUGGAAGAAUACUACCACCUGCCGGGAGACAAGCGGAUCCGCAUCGCCUCCAACAUGGAUAGACUCCCCAGAGACAUUGACAGACGUAUCAGCGACAUGCGGUCCAGACUCGUGUACUAG